UUGGGGAGAAGAGGGGGACAAGCACUCUGAGCUCGGCCGACGGUGCAGGCAGGAGCGUCACACAGACGAACAGGAGCCUGAGGGGCUGCAGACUGGGACUGGAGAGGCAUUCAGGGGGGUUCUGGAUCCUACAUACAGAGCAGAUAGGUGAUUGACAGCCACGCAAGAGGACAGAUAAAGGAGUAUUGACUCCCUGGAAAAACAAAAAUAGCACGUUUCGACGUAGAGACUGUACAAAGAGCAAGGGCAAAGAUAUAUUUAUUUAUCGGACUGCAGGAGAAACGUGUUUUCUUUCGUUCUUUCAUGAGGGAAGCAGAUGAAGGAACCGCGUUUUGAAUGAGAGAAUCUUCAUCCUCUUCUUGCGAUGCUUUUGAGGAACUCUGAACUGAGUUAUCCUGCAGACUGCUGACGUGACAGGAUACGUUUACGGUCACUGAUUGCUCCAGAAAAGACAAUCUACAUUUUACCUCCUUUAUUCAAAAGGGCUUCAGCCGAGGUGCUGUGCUGAUCGACACCAUGUUUCGCUCUUUAACAGCACCAUCGACUGCUUGUCUUCUUAUCUUGUGCCUCUUGGAUGUGUGGACUUCAGCCGGGCCGGCCGUCCAGCAGUCCCAGCGGCAGCAGAAGUCUCGAAGGUCCAGACAGAUGUCUUCCCCGACGCCGUCCGGCAACCUGUCGGAAAGCGCCGAGAGCAAGGUGGAGCGUCUCGGACAGGCGUUCAAGCAAAACGUCCGCGAGCUGCGGGAGAAAAGCGCCUGUUUGGACCUCGUCUUCCUGGUGGACGAGUCCUCGAGCGUAGGGUCCAACAACUUCCAGAGCGAGCUCAGGUUCAUCCGCAAGAUGCUGUCCGACUUCCCCGUGGCGCCGGAGAACACACGAGUGGCGCUGGUGACCUUCUCGUCCAAGACCCACGUGGUUACGAGGGUGGACCACAUCUCGGCGCCCAAGUCCCACCAAAACAAGUGCUCCCUGUUCAACCAGGAGAUCCCCGCCAUCAACUACAGAGGAGGAGGCACCUACACCAAAGGAGCCUUCCAGAGGGCAGCGCAAAUUCUCCGUAACUCCCGCGGGAACGCUACCAAGGCGAUCUUCCUCAUCACUGACGGCUACUCUAACGGGGGCGACCCUCGACCGGUGGCGGCCGCUCUGAGAGAGCGAGGCGUUGAGAUCUUCACUCUGGGCAUCUGGCAGGGAAACAUCAGGGAGCUGCACGACAUGGCCUCCCAACCCAAGGACCAGCACUGCUACCUGGUGCACAACUUUGCCGAGUUUGAGGCGCUCGCCCGCCGCGCUCUGCAUGAAGACCUCCCAACAGGGAGCUACAUCCAGGAGGACCUUUCCCGCUGCUCCUCCCUGUGCGAUGAGGGCAAGGACUGCUGUGACGUGAUGGCCAGCUGUAAGUGCGGUAUGCACACAGGACAGUACGACUGCAUCUGUGAGAAGGGAUACUACGGCAAGGGUCUGAAGCACGAAUGUACAGCUUGUCCACCUGGUACCUACAAACCAGAGGGGACGCCUGGAGGACUGACCACCUGCCUGUCAUGCCCUGACGCUCAGCACACGUCCCAGCCUGGCAGCACCGCCCUCCAUGACUGCGUCUGCAAGCCGGGCUAUCAGCCAAUAGGCACGACCUGUCAGGUGAUUCACUGCCCAGCACUGACCCCUCCAGAAAACGGCUUUUUUGUCCAGGAUGUGUGCAACAACCACUUUGAGGCUGCCUGUGGAGUUCGGUGUCAGCCGGGUUUCGAGCUUCAAGGAACCGGCAUCAGACUGUGUCAGGCCGACGGCACCUGGUCAGGGACACCUGCUGGUUGCACAGUGCGCUCCUGCCCGGUCCUCUCCCGGCCGCAGCACGGCUUCCUGCGGUGCAGCGACGGCGGGGUGUCCUACAGGACGCAGUGUCAGGUUGGCUGUGAGCGAGGCUAUAGAUUAGAGGGAGACUCCACACUCACCUGUCAGGCUAACUCCCAGUGGAGUGGACCUCUACCUCGGUGUGUGGAGGUUCGUUGUCAUCCCAUCGUGAACCCAAAGAACAACGUCUUGCUGUCGCCUCCUCCCUGCGGGAAAAGAGCCGUGUCUCCAGGCUUCACCUGUCAGCUCACCUGUCGCCCAGGGUACAGUCUGCAGGGAAACCGGAGGGCGACAUGCCUGGGCUCUGGGAACUGGACCGCUAAUGUCCAUAAAGCUACCUGUAAAGAUACUGAGCCGCCACAGCUCCAGUGUCCUGCAGACAUUGUUGCAGAGACGGAUGAACGGCGUGGGACCGCCAACGUCAGCUGGAACGUCCCUACCGCCGUCGACAACUCCAAUGAAGAGGUGGCGGUGCAGGUGAAGCCAGUCUACAAUCCCCCUCAGCUGUUGCCCGUCGGAAAGGAAACAAUCACCUACAUUGCAACUGACCGCACCGGGAACCAGGCCAACUGCUCCCUCACAGUCACUGUGAUCGAUACUGAGCCGCCGUUCAUUGACAGGUGUAGGUCGCCCCCAACAGUCCAGGCCACGAACACAGAAGCAGCCGUCGUCUGGGAAGUCCCGCAGUUUUCAGAUAACUCAGGUGGUCGCCUCACUGUGACCAGUAGCCAUAAACCGGGCUCGCUGUUCCCAGUAGGAGAAACUGUGGUCCAGUACACUGCAACGGAUACAGCAGGAAACAGCCGCAUCUGCAACCUCACAAUAACUGUGCAAGGGUCUACUUGUGAGCAGCCGUAUGUCCCAGUGAAUGGAAAGUUCAUCUGCUCUGAAGACGAGGAGGGGGUUAAUUGUACUCUUCAGUGUAAAGAAGGCUAUAGCUUUGCUCAAGAUGCAGUGCAGAGCUACUUCUGUGCCUACAAUGGCGUUUGGGAGCCGGCAUACUCUUCAGACAGGCCAGACUGCUCCUUGAACCGCAUAGCUAACAACGGAUAUAAGCCCUUUGAGAUGUUGUUCAAAGCAUCUCGAUGCGACGAUGCAGACCUGGUCAAGUCGUUUGCUGGUCAUUUCAAUGCCAAACUGGGAAGCAUGCUUCCCUCUAUUUGUAGCAGUGAUGAAAUCACCUGCAAACUGGAGGUCAUGUCCCAGGGUCACUGCCUGGAGUACAACUAUGACUAUGAGAAUGGAUUUUCAAUUGCACCAGGAGGAUGGGCCAACAACUGGGGCUCUCAGGGUGCGCAGGACUAUGCCUACUUUGAGUCAGGCUUUGCCACAGGCACCCGACAGCUCCCAAGUCAGCAGCAAGAUGGCAGCAUGAGGCAUCGCUCCAAGAGGCACAGGAAGAUCAGAGGUCCGACCAAAGACCACAAGAUCCAAAUUUACUUCAACAUCACAGCAAGCAUCCCUUUGCCUCUGUCGAGAAAUGACUCAGUCGAAGUGGCCAAUCAGAAGAGGCUUCUGCGGACGCUCGAGCAGCUCACCAAUCGCUUGAAACGAACGCUGGCGAAACAGCCUCUGUCCAGCUACCACGUCUCCUCAGAGAUGAUCAUUUCUGAUCCCAAAUCGCUGGAGAGCAAAAAGGCCUCAUUGUUCUGCAGGCCAGGCUCAGUGCUCAAAGGCAGAAUGUGUGUCCAAUGUCCAGUGGGCACUUACUUUUCGCUGGAGCAUAACGAGUGUGAGAGCUGCUGGCUGGGGUCCUACCAAGACCAGGAAGGUCAACUGGAGUGCAAGUCCUGCCCUGAGGGGACAUCUACAGCCUAUAUGCACUCCCGCAGCAUCACCGAGUGCAAAGGGCAAUGUAAACCUGGCAGCCACUCGCUGAAUGGACUGGAGAUCUGCGAGUCCUGCCCACUGGGUCACUUCCAGCCUGGUUAUGGUGCCAGGAAAUGUUUAGUCUGUCCUGGUGGAACCUCUACAGUCACCAGAGGAGCAGUGGAUGAGGCAGAGUGUGGAGUUCCCUGCAUGGCAGGUCAUUUUUCCCGCACUGGUCUGGUUCCCUGCUACCCGUGUCCAAGGGAUUACUACCAGCCCGAUCACGGACGCUCGUACUGCCUCUCCUGCCCCUUCUAUGGGACCACCACGAUAACCGGGGCGUCCAGCAUACAGCACUGCUCCAGUUUUAGCUCAAGCUUUCUCGCUAAGGAGGAGAGCGUAACUCCUGCUCCAGAAGUGGAGGUCAUUGAGGACUACCAAGUCAGCAGUCAGGUUUUCCAUGAGUGCUUCCUGAAUCCCUGUCAAAAUAAGGGGACAUGCGAGGAGGUUGGAGCGGGAUACGUCUGCACCUGCAUGCCUGGAUUCACAGGUGCAAAGUGUGAGGUCGACAUAAACGAGUGUGACUCUGCCCCCUGCCAGAAUGGAGGCCUGUGUAAGGAUGGGAUGGGGGACUUCCAGUGUCAAUGCAAACCUGGCUUUUUAGGCUCCCUGUGUGAGGGCGAGGUGAACGAGUGCCUCUCCUCCCCGUGUCUCAAUGAAGGGCUGUGUGUGGACGAGGUCAAUAAGUUCUCCUGCAGCUGUGCUGAGGGCUUCACAGGUUCUCUCUGUGAGCUUGAAAUCAACGAGUGUCUGUCCAGCCCGUGUUUGAACGGAGGAGUGUGUGAAGACUUGACAGGAGACUACAGCUGCAACUGCGCCGUGGGAUUCUCUGGGGAUCGCUGUGAGGUCAACAUUGACGAAUGCUACAGCUCCCCAUGUCUCAAUGGAGGCUCCUGUAUAGAUGAUGUCAAUAGUUUCAGGUGUGAGUGUGUGGAGGGCUUUCAAGGCAGGCUGUGUGAGGUGGAUGUGGACGAGUGCAACCCGAACCCCUGCUUGAACGGAGCCAGCUGCUUUGACGGUCUGGGCUCCUACACCUGCCGCUGCCUCCCUGGGUUCAACGGAUCCAGGUGUGAGACAGAGAUGUCCUCUGCCUUCAACCUGGACUUUGAGGUGUCUGGCAUCCAUGGUUACGUGAUGAUGGAUGGAGUAAUGCCGACGCUGACAGAAAUCACCUGCUCCUUCUGGAUGAAGUCAACAGACAUGAAUAACUACGGCACCCCGGUGUCCUACGCCGUAGAAGGCAGCGACAAUGCUUUCCUGCUGAUCGACUACAACGGGUGGGUGGUCUAUGUAAAUGGUAAGCAGCGGAUUUCUGACUGCCCUGCUGUGAACACGGGUCAGUGGUACCACAUCGGUGUUUCGUGGCGGAGCUGGGACGGCGACUGGAGGAUUUACAUCAACGGGAAGCCCUCAGACGGAGGCAAAGGCCUGUCAGUCGGCACCCCUAUCCCAGGUGGCGGGGCUCUCGUUUUGGGUCAGGACCAAGAUGAGAGAGGUGAGGGCUUCAACGCUGUUGAAUCUUUUGUGGGCUCCAUCAGCCAGCUCAACAUCUGGGAUCGUGUUCUCACUCCUCAACAGAUCAAGGUUCUGGCCAGCAGCUGUCCAGCUUCCCAUGUAACCCACAGAGGAAACGUGCUGGCUUGGCCCGACUUUCUCAGUGGUGUGGCAGGCCGAGUCAAAGUUAACCUCAACAGUAUUUUCUGUGCUGACUGCCCUAAGUUGGAAAGCGCCGUGCCCCACCUGCAUGCUUCCAGUGUGGAGGUGAGCCCUGGCGCUCAGGUGCACCUGUCUUGUGAUCCUGGCUUUUACCUGGUGGGGGAGCCAGUGCUGCAGUGCCAGAACAAAGGCGAGUGGAGCCAUCCGCUGCCAAGCUGUGCAAGAGUGUCGUGUGGACCUCCUCGCCCGCUGGAGAACGGUUUGUACCAGGGUUCAGAUUUCCAAGCAGGCAGCUCCGUGGUCUACCAGUGCAACGUCGGCUUUUACCUGCUGGGAGACGCCAAGGUGCACUGCAGCAACAGCGGCCAGUGGGGAGGACAUCCACCUGCCUGUCUGGAUGUGGACGAGUGUGCGCUGGGGUCUGACUGCGACGAUCACGCCAGCUGCCAGAACACGGAGGGCUCAUACUCCUGCACCUGCAUUCACCCGUACACCGGAGACGGCAAAAACUGCACAGAGCCAGUGAAGUGCCAGAACCCUGGGUCUCCAGAGUUUGGUCAGAGAGACGGCAGCAGCUUUCUGGUGGGCAGCGCUGUGGCGUUUGGCUGCGAUAGCGGCUAUGAGCUGAUUGGCUCUUCACGACUCCACUGCCUAGAAUCAGGAACCUGGGACCAUCCUGUCCCUUACUGCAGAGCUCUCUCCUGCCCGAUUCCAAGCGUCCCUGAAAACUCUGUCAUGACAGGAAACAACUUUACGUUUGGAAGCAAGGUGACUUUCAGCUGUAAAAACGGCUUCCUGCCUCAGAUGCCCUAUGAGUUCCACUGUCUCUCGACUCUGAGGUGGAGCGGGGCGCCACCUAUCUGUUAUCCGGUGACCUGUGGGGGGCCACCAACUGUGGAGCAUGCAAGCUAUGUCCUCGACACGAACACCUACCUCUCUACUGUUAAAUACACCUGUGCUGAGGGAUACAGACCACAGGGCUCCAUGGAAGUGGUUUGUGAAGCGACAGGAGAGUGGAGCCGGCCCAAUCCUCGCUGUGUGAGCAUCCUGUGCAACGAGCCGCCAGCACUUAAAGAUGCUGUGAUUGUCGGAGAAAACUAUGAAGUCGGAAAUAAAGUUCACUACAUCUGCAAAGAAGGGUACACUCUGAUUGGCCCAGAAACCAGGGAAUGUCUACCCACUGGCCAAUGGACUGAAGGCUUUCUGCAGUGUGUCCCUCGCUCUUGUGGCCCACCCCCUGCUGUCGACCACGCUGUGCCACACGAGACUCACAAGCUGUUUGGAGACACAGCCAGCUACUACUGCACAGAUGGAUACACGGCCAGCAACAAUUCCAAGAUGGUGUGCAACGCUCAGGGAGUAUGGGUGCCCCCCGAUGGCAUGGAGGCCCCUCGCUGCAUCGCAAACUUUUGCCUACGCCCCCCUGAGGUUUCCCAUGCGAUUUUAGAUUCAGUCAACAAACCCAAAUAUGCCAGUAACACUGAAGUGAGCUACAAAUGUGAAGAGGGUUUCAUGCUAAAUACCACCGCCACACUCCGAUGCUUAUUAGGAGGGAUGUGGGAGCCUUCGCCGUUUGAGAUUGAUUGUGUGCCAGUAAGGUGCUCCAAACCGGAGAGCAUCGAUCGAGGGUAUGUGAGAGGAACCAACUACAGCUUCGGAGCCGUGGUGGCGUACAGCUGUGAGACAGGGUACCUGAUUCGAGGGGAGAAGAGGAGGAUCUGCAAGGCUAACGGAGAGUGGGGAGGGAAUCUGCCCACUUGUGUUCCUGUGUCCUGUUCCUCCCCGCCUGUACUGCUAAAUGGAUACAUCUACGUCAGAACUCGAUACACUUUCAAUAACAAGGUGACUUACGCCUGUAAUGCCGGCUACAAACUGGUGGGUGGGCCAGAGCGAGUUUGUCAGGCUAACCGACAGUGGUCCAACAAUGACCCACCCACCUGUGUCCUUUUGACCUGCGACCCUCCUCCUGCUGUGGUCCAUGGACACUACAGGGGCUCCAACUUCCGUGUGGGCAGCAAGGUGGAAUAUUUCUGUGAUGAGGGUUAUGAGCUUGGAGGGAAUCCUGUCUCCACCUGCCUCAAGAACGGAAAGUGGGAUCAACCUAAUCCUCCGCGCUGCUCUCCUGUCAAGUGUCCAGAGCCACCUCUAGAGGAGAGCCAUCUGGUCCUGAAGAGCCUGUUCUCUGAGUCUGGAACUGUGGAGUUAUCCUGUGAGGAUGGCUAUAUUCUGGAGGGCGCCAAUGUUCUACGGUGCACUCCAUCCCAGGAGUGGAAUGAUACAUUUCCGGUGUGCAAGGAAGUAUUCUGUGGACCUCCGCCUGAGGUGACUUUUGGUGCUCCAAACAAUGCCUCUCAUUCUUUCCCCUUCAGCUCUGUGAUCACCUACACAUGCAUGGGAGGCUUUACUUUCAGAAAAGAAGACUCUGUAUCUUGUCUAGCCAGCUCCCAGUGGAGUACUCCUUAUCCAGAAUGCAUCCCAGUUGAAUGUCCUCAGCCUGUGGAGAUUUCCAACGGAUUUGUUGACGUCCAGGGUCUGAUGUACCUCAGUAAAGCUCUGUAUAGCUGUAGGACUGGACAUAAUUUAGUAGGAGACUCCAUUGUCCUUUGUGGAGACAGAGGUGCAUGGAUUGGCGGGGUUCCAUCGUGUCGCCCUGUCGAAUGCUCCAUCCCUAAACAGAUAGCCAGUGGGAAAGUGGUUUACACAAAGCUCCAGUAUGGUCAUAGUGCCACCUACUCCUGCCACCGUGGUUUCCGGCUUCGCGGCCCAGAGACUCUGAAGUGCUUAGCUAAUGGGGAGUGGGACUCAGAGCCCCCUGUAUGCACACAGAUAUCCUGCACUCUUCCCCAACCAAUCGAAAAUGGUUUUGUGGAGGGUCAGGAUCACAGUUUUGGCGUUACGAUUUUCUAUAGCUGUUUCCCAGGGUUCCAGCUUGUUGGCCAGGAUCAUCUAACCUGUGAGGAGACAGGCUGGUCUAGUUCUGUUCCUAUGUGUGUACCCUCUGACUGUGGACUCCCUCCUCAUGUUGACUUUGGAGACUAUGUCAGGGUGACAGAGUCGGACACUACUCCAAAAGACACCAUUCCAGCUUCCCCUUUGGACUUGAACUUUCUUCACGGGACAUUGAUUGAGUAUCGCUGUCAUCAAGGUUACGACAUCAGCCGCCACACCAGGCUGGUAUGUCAGGAAGAUGGGGGCUGGAACGGAACGGCCCCAUCGUGUGUCCCAACUGAGUGCGAAUUACCAUCCAGUCCACAGCAUGGCUCCAUUAAUGUAACUUAUGCUCCUGUUGGCAGUGUGGUUAGCUAUUCUUGUGAGGAAGGUUAUGAGCUGGUGGGAGAGCCUGUAAGACAGUGUGUGUCUGGUCGACUUUGGACCGGUGAUGAGCCAAUAUGUCAACCUGUAUCCUGUGGUGAUCCUGGUGUUGUUGCUAACUGUUUGACUCAUGGGAGGGAUUUUGUGUACCCUGAAGUUCUGCACUUCGAAUGUCAUCCUGGAUUUUCCCUAAAGGGAACGGACACCAUUGCCUGCCAGGCAGAUGGAAACUGGAACGGUCAAACGCCACACUGUGAGCCGGUGUCCUGCGGUCCCCCAACAGUACCUAGUGACAUCACUGUUCAAGGGAAAGAGUACACCUAUAAUAAGGAAAUUGAACUGAGGUGUCAGCCUGGCUUUAUCUUAAAAGGAACAUCUAAAAGUGUUUGCCAGGCUGAUGGUACUUGGAGCCAUGCCUACCUUUCUUGUGUACCAGCUCGUUGUGGGAGGCCAUCUCCUAUACCCCAUGGUCGUGUGCUAGGGUCAGAAACUGGUUUCAACAACAAACUGAAGUAUGAAUGUGAUGAAGGAUACAAGCUUACUGGAGAUCCCACAGUUGUUUGCCAGUCAGAUGGACUGUGGGACAAACCCCCACCGCGUUGUCACAUUAUUAGCUGCGACCCACCUGAGGACAUUAGUCACGGCUUUGUGAAUGGCUCAGGGUUCAACUUCAACAACGUGGUGGAGUACAUCUGUUUUGAAGGAUACGAGGUAGUUGGCGAUCCCAUCCUGCGGUGCUCAGCUCAGGGACUCUGGGUGGGCUCUGUUCCUCAGUGCCAACCUUGUGCCUGUUCACCGCCCGAGGUUCGGUUUGGAAUGGUCACAGGCCCUGGCCAAGCCUGCGGAGACCGAGUUCAGUUCAGCUGUGAUCAGGGCUACAAACUGCUAGGUCCCUCUGAGGCAGUGUGUGAGAAGGGAGGCGUGUGGAGCCCCGGGGUGCCAGUGUGUGGUAGGGGGAGGUGCAGCAUUGCCCCGCCUGUAGUUCCCAAUGCAGUACUACAGGGUGGCACAACUACCUUUCCAGAAACAGUCAUGUACAUGUGUCGUCCCGGCUACCUGCUGAAAGGAUCCUCGCUCCUCUCCUGUGGAAGAGAUGGCAGAUGGGGGGAACCCAGAAUCCGCUGUGAGCCUGUGAACUGUGGAAAGCCACCUGCAGUAGCCCAUGGUCAAGUGGUGGGAGACAUCUUCACCUUUCCCAACCAGGUCACAUACAGAUGUGAGGAUGGAUACAAAUUGGCAACAAGUAGAGCCUCUCUUUCCUGUCAGAGUGAUGGCACCUGGUCCAAACACAGCAUUCAGUGCCUUCCUGCCCCUUGUCUGUUACCCACCAACGUCUCCAUCCCCCACCUGCAAAUCAAUGGGAGAGAGCUCACUCCUGUUGGCGGCACGAUCACCCUCUCAUGUCCUACUGGUUUCUACCUGCAGGGGUCAGCACUAGCAGAGUGUCAGGUUGGAGGAAGCUGGUCUCCGAGCAUCAUCUCGGUUUCAUGUGAGGUGGUGACGUGUGAGAAACCGUCUCCUCUUCUUCACGGUGUCAUGGAGGGCGACAGCUACACCUAUGGAGACUUUGUGCUGUACUCCUGUCUGCCUGGCUUUGAUCUGAAGGGAGACUCUGUCCAGACGUGCCAAGGAGAUGGAACAUGGAGCGGCACGCAGCCAGUGUGUGUUGCCUCAGUACGUUCCUGUGGGCCUCCACCUUUUGUGAAAAAUGCUCAGAUCCAAACAGGAGGGGCUAACCCACAAAACGUCACUUACGUUUGCAAUGAGGGGCAGCAGCUGGAUGGCCCAAAAAUGCUCACCUGUCUGGCUAAUGGCACCUGGAGCAUGCCACCACCUACGUGUGCAGAGGUCAGAGGUUGCGACAGUCCCAAACAGGUGCUUCAUGGUAGAGUGCAGGAGCACAACCUAGGUUCUGGACGCGCUUUGGAGUUCCUGUGUGAUCGUGGCUACAGCCUGGUGGGAGACGGCCUGGUGAUGUGCAUGGGAGGAAACACCUGGAGUUCAACUUUCCCCAUCUGUCAAGCGAAGUCUUGCCCACCUCCCCCUUGGUGGAUCAAACACACCAACAGCGACGGAUCCCAGCCAGAGUUUCACGUCGGGCAGUCAGUCCGUGCUUCCUGCCCCAAGGGGCAGCAGGUCAAAGGCGGUGGCACCAUCACCUGCAGGCCAGACCAGACCUGGACCCCCCUCAGUUCAGUUUGUGAAAGGGUGUCCUGUGGCCCCCCACUCCACGUGGCCAACGGGUUGGUGCGGGGGGCGGUGUUCCAGUUCGGGGACGUGGCGGUGUACUCGUGUUUCAGCGGCUACACCAUGGAGGGCGUUGACAGGAGCAGGUGUCAGGAAAACGGCACCUGGACGCCCCCUCCCACAUGCAGAGCGAGGUGUUGGCUGCAGUGUCAGAACGGAGGCGUGUGCCAGCGGCCCAACAUCUGCGCCUGCCCGGAGGGCUGGAUGGGUCGACUCUGUGAGGAGCCUAUCUGCAUCCUGCCGUGUCUGAAUGGUGGGCACUGCGUGGCACCGUACCAAUGCGAGUGUCCCUCUGGGUGGACGGGCACCCGAUGUCACACCGCUGUGUGUUCAUCGCCGUGUCUGAACGGAGGAAGAUGCAUCAGGCCGAACAGAUGUAGCUGCACGCCUGGUUGGAGCGGACAUAACUGCUCCAGGAAGAGGAAGUCAGUAUACUACCACUUCUGAAACCUUCACUCGCCUCCUCAUGGAACAUCUCAUGAAGGGGAACUCUUGUACAAAUAACACAUGAAAACCAUCCACUCAUCUCCGCACAGGCAACGCAAGAACCGUUCUGUAAAUUAAAGCUGUAUUUUUUUUCAUAUACAGACUCAACAGUAUUAAACAUUUGCUGCUAUUAUACUUGUACGAUGUGUAAAAACUAUUUGAUGUCAUGUUCCAGUGUAUAUGUGUAAACUAUUCACCUUUUUAUUAAAGCAUAAAAUGCCUCUGAAAACA